AAAUGGCAUGCAAGGAUAGUAGGAGUAGGAGUAGGAGGAGGAGGAGGAGGAGGAGGAGGAGGAGGAGGAGGAGGAGGAGGAGGAGGAGGAGGAGGAGGAGGAGGAGGAGGAGGAGGAGGAGGAGGAGGAGGAGGAGGAGGAGGAGGAGGAGGAGGAGGAGGAGGAGGAGGAGGAGGAGGAGGAGGAGGAGGAGGAGGAGGAGGAGGAGGAGCACAAAUGGCAGGUGAGCGGUGGGAACAGUGAUGGUCU